AAAAGAUGAGUUGGAAAGUAAAAUGUGUUUACAUAACCAAGAUGAAAGAAUCCGUUCCCAGAGUGAAAUUAGCAAAUUUAUCAAAAACUAAUAUUAUUGAUGUAUGGGCUCACAAUUUCAUGGCUGAAAUAACAGAAAUAGCUUCGCUUAUUGAAGAAUUUAAUGUUAUAUCAUUAGUAAUGAUUUUUUAAAUUUUAGGAUACCGAGUUUCCAGGAACAGAGUAUGAUCAACCAGAAAACGACGAUAAGGUGAGUUGAAUGUCAAAUUAUUAGGAUUAUGAAUAUUAAUAAUUAGUAAGAAAUGUUUAAAAAUACAAACUUAUAUAACUUGGUAUAAGCUUAGCAAAUGAAGCUGGUGAAGUACCUUUGAUUAAGAACACUUGGUAAUUUCAUUUUAAAUUUAAUGCAUAGUAUCUGAAAAUUUAAUAUUAGAUAUGAUCAAUUGAUGAAUCCUGUUAAGGCAAUGUUAGAAUAGGCAGGAAUCAGAUUUGAUGACUUAGCAUCAAAAGGAAUAGAUUACUCCUUAUUUUGUGAAGUAAUUACUGGAAGCGGUAUAAUUAAAGCUUAUGUAAAUAAGGACUAAUCUUAAAUGAUGAGAUUAAGUAUGUAGUAUUUCAUGGUGAAUUUGACUUUGGUUACUUACUGCAUUUAUUUCAUCAUUCUGGAAUUCCGGAUACACAAGAAGAAUUUUAUAAAAUUAUGAAGCUUUACUUUCCUUAAAUUUAUGAUUUGAAAUACAUUUUAAAGGACAAUCAAAAAUACAAGGAUGCAGGAUUAAGUAGACUGGCAACCAAGGUUGAAGUGACUCGUAUAGGUCCUGAACAUUAAGCAGGAUCAGAUGCUUUACUAACUUUACAAUGCUAUUAUCAAUUGAAGUUUUGUUACCCAGAUUUAUAAGGCGAUUUCGAUAAAAAUAUGAAUAUAAUCUAUGGCAUUGGUAAAGGAUAUGUUCCGAAUAAGUAUUCAAAUCCUUAAUGUUUAGCCGCCGAAAAACUUAUACCCCAAGUUCAUAGACUCCUGAUCCAGGAUUAUAAGUGAAUUAGAUGGAUUAAUAAUAUUACUAUGGUCAAAAUUUCUAAUACGAUGAACUUCAAAAUUCUUAUUAUCUAUAUGGAUAACAAUUCAUAAAUUACAAUUAUUUUUAAUAUCAAAUGCACGAAUCUGAUUAGCCUAAGAGAAAAGGUUAUUGA